AUGCUGUUCCACAACCCGCAGGCGCUUCUGCGCCCUCUGGGAGGAGCAAUCCAGGCGGUGGGUGUGCCAACGGUGACGGUUUCAUCGUUGGUGAUGGCCGGUUCUCUGGUGGCGGUUUCGGCGGUUGCCAACGGAGCGGCACCAUCUGCGGGGGGGCACGAGGCCGCCGUGCCGAUUUGGCGUCGACCCCGAUUCGUCAUGGGCUUCUUGCUUGUCUUCCUCCGCCUUAUCGCUAUCCCCGCUGCGUUCUUCGGCGUUUUCUGGGGGGCAAAGACGUACAGCUCGGUGAUGGGCGAGAACCGGUUAAUGCACCUCAUCCUGUUGGUGGAGUUCGCCAUGCCUACAGCGACGAUCAUGAUCCCCCUCCUUCACCAAAUUCGGUUGCCGAGGACGGCGGGCUUCAUCUCACGACUACUUGUGUGGCAGUACGCAGCUUCGAGCAUAACCGUGAGCUUCUGGACCGCCUUCGCCAUAACGAUGCUGUAUUAAGGAGCUACGGACAGCGCAUGCCGACGUUUUUGGGGCGGAUUUUCUCUAAUUAGUUGCUCCCCGCGUGUUUUCGGGGUAGCACGAAGGGAAGGGACGGUGAUAGAUAGAGGGUCGGGGCGUUGUCCUCUUGCUCACUUUGACAGACCUUGGUUGGAAUAUCUGUCUUCGUGUGGCAGGCGCGGGGUGGGUGGGGGGGGGCUCGAACCCUCGAGUUAAUAACAUGAUUCAGCACCGACCACAAAACGCAUUUUGCGUGUAGACUCGACCCGCAACCAUUUUUGAUCUUGCUUGGUGUGCUCGCGUUGGUGUCCGUGGCUGGGGGAAAAGAAGGCCAGGUGGGAGGAGGAGGAGGAGGAGGGGAAGUUGUUGAUUGCUUCUUCCUGGCCAUGCGUGCGAACUGCUCUGUGCUCGUUUUGGUUCCUGCGGGUACCAUGACCACUCUCGUUGUUUGUGUGUGUCGUCGUAUCGGUUUCUUGCGCCUCUCGGUGU